UGUGUUCAGAUGAUAGUAUUUUAUUUUUGAGUGAACUGUCCCUUUAAAUUUAGCUUGAAGGUCAGGCGUCCUAUUUCGUUGCAUGUGAUUGUGACGUAAUUCGCCGGAAGCCUUUUGAAGCCUCUUUUGUUUGUCUGCAGGCAUUUCAUUUUCAGUUUGCUUUGCCCUGUGAUAGAAGAUUUACUUUACCCUGUGAUAGAAGAUUUACUUUACCCUGUGAUAGAAGAUUUACUUUACCCUGUGAUAGAAGAUUUACUUUACCCUGUGAUAGAAGAUUUACUUUACCCUGUGAUAGAAGAUUUACUUUACCCUGUGAUAGAAGAUUUACUUUACCCUGUGAUAGAAGAUUUACUUUACCCUGUGAUAGAAGAUAAGAUUUACUUUACCCUGUGAUAGAAGAUUUACUUUAAAGCAAUGAGUCGUUGGCGAAAAAAGAAAGAUCAUCGUUUCAUAAACGAGUUCUUGGAAACGACACGGGCACUAGCCAAGUGUUGCUCGCUUCAAGUCCCAAUUAUAUCGCAAAGGGAAUAUCCACACAUUCCAGACGACUCCUUGUUUUUGCAACGAGCAGCUGAAGUUUGGGGACCCCACGAAAACAUCAAGAAUGUGUCUUCAAACGAUGACGUCUUCGUCAAAGCACACGAAAGCGUUGAAUCUUUGUUCGACCAGGAGAUUUCUUCAGAUGAUAUUUUUGUAACAGCACGCGAAAGCCUUGAAUCUUUGUUCGACCAGGAUGUUUCUCCAGAUGAUAUUUUUGUAGCAGCACGCGAAAGCCUUGAAUCUUUGUUCGACCAGGAUGUUUCUCCAGAUGAUAUUUUUGUAACAGCACGCGAAAGCCUUGAAUCUUUGUUCGACCAGGAUGUUUCUCCAGAUGAUAUUUUUGUAGCAGCACAUCAAAACAUCGAAUCGCUGAAAAAUGAGUCGGGGUCAAUAGAUGAGGUGUUUGCAACAGAAAAAAUAAGCCGGGAACCGAACAGACAAUGUGCUGUGGAGUGGCCAGGAUGUUACAUCCGCCCACCAGUAUACAUUAAUUUAGACCCUCCCAGGAUGAUCUCUCGGAGUACCCAAACAAGCGAGUGUCAGCUUCAUAUCAGUGAAGAGCCGAAAAAGAAAAGGAGAAGAAAGGCCAUCAAGGCCUUCUUCAAAAAAAAGUGGAAGGCGUUAAAACGCACAUUCACACGGUGCCCAGGGGACUCCGAUUCAUAGAUGGAAAUUUACUUUAUUGAAUUUGUUUGUAAAACACAGAAAAGAAAAACAAAGCAGGAUCUACGACGAUGAGCAGCGGAUCGUCCCUACCUGCAGCAACUUUCCCCUGGGCGUCUUGGCAGUUCCGGAGGUGUUAGAGAUUUUUCUAAAAGUCCUUUUCAGGACUGACUGAGCAUUCUCCAGCGCGGCAUGUCCCGCUGUUCUCUUGGGUGCGGCACCCUCAUCGAGGAGGGGGAUGGACACGAUCGCUGCGUUAGGCGUCUGGGCGUUCAGCACGCUGAAGCAGCGUUCGUUGACGCAUCUUACCCGCACUGCGGGCAGAUUGUCAUUCAGAAGUUGCGGUCACGGGUGGCUGUCUUCCUACGGGAAACAGCCACCAUUUCGUUUGCUACCCGGGCCGUGACAACGGUGGCUAUGGCCCCGAAGUCCGCCUGUGUUAGCAGCGUUAGUGAUGUUCGCUCUUUUGAACAUUCCCCAACCGGCGGUGGCAUACCGUCCGGACCCUCAGGCACGCACUCGGAAACGAUGCGUGACGUAGAUGAGAUGUCGCUCGCAGCAUCGGAGGGAGACUGGCAUCCAACUCUGGCGAAUCCGAGCUCCCCCCCGUGGGGUCGAGCUCAGGAUGAAGCAGAAGUGAUGUCAACCAUGCUAACCCGGGAAAGCGUGGUUCCUGGGGUCGGAGCGCGGUGAAGACCGCGCCAACCCCAGGUGCCAUGUUUUUUCCCCGGAGGUGCAUGAGGAGCUGUGUAAAACUUGGAACGCUCCACUCACGGACCGUUCCAGUGAAACCAGCUCCGGCUCCCUUACUUCCCUCGUUGGUGGGGGCAGCCGGAGGCUACGUCGAGAUUACCCGGGGGGGAACGGCGCCUGCGCUGCACCUGUGCCGCGGGCGGCUACCUCCUGUGGGGAAUUGGCCACGCCUACCGUCCAAGGCAUGUAGGACUUCGGCAUCACUGGUGCCGAGGCCUUGCGCUGCCGCGGGCCAGGCUGCCUCCUCUCUCUAUGCCAUGGCCAUCCUGCAGGCCAGGGCGUUAGGAGAGCUCCACGGGGGUAAGGCCGACCUGGGUAUAAUGCAGGAUCUCCGUGCUACCACUGAUGGCGCUCUACGGGCGACCAAUGUGGCGGCACGGGCUCUGGGUCGGACGAUGUCCACGGUAGUGGUCCAGGAGAGACACCCCCGGCUGAACCUUGUGUAGACGUAUGACACCGAGAAAGUCAACUUUCUUGGUGCGUCUGUCUCGCAGUGGGGUUGUUGGUAACAUCGUCAUGGACUGUCUUUUUUGACGGUAAAGAAGCAGACAGUGGUGGAUAGCCACAUUUUACCACGCUGCGACUCAACCGCCCAGAGGCCUCAGAGAUCUUGCGCGAUGUAUGCUUCCCGGCAGCACAGGACCCCUUCGACAUCGGCUCCAGUUCCUUUGACCCCACAGACGGCACACCGGGCGCGGAGGUCGAAGGGGAAACCUCCACCCCGUCAGCAAUCUUCUCGAGGGAGGUGACACUGACGGGAAGAGGUCGCCACCUUUCUGUCAAAAUAGGUAUCGAGUUCGUCCCUUAAAACCAAGAUGUUUUGUGGGUCACGACUCGCACUUCAUCGUUCCCAAGAAAGACGGCGGGUCGCACCAUAGGUCUGCGUGCCCUGAACAAAGCACCUUCAAGUUCUCAGGACUGACUGAGCAUUCUCCAGCGCGGCAUGUCCCGCUGUUCUCUUGGGUGAGGCACCCUCAUCGAGGAGGGGGAUGGACACGAUCGCUGCAUUAGGCGUCUGGGCGUCCAGCACGCUGAAGCAGCGUUCGCUGACACAUCUUACCCGCACUGCGGGCAGAUUGUCUUUCAGAAGUUGCGGUCACGGGUGGCUGUCUUCCUACGGGAAACAGCCACCAUUUCGUUUGCUACCCGGGCCGUGACAACGGUGGCUAUGGCCCCGAAGUCCGCCUGUGUUAGCAGCGUUAGUGAUGUUCGCUCUUUUGAACAUUCCCCAACCGGCGGUGGCAUACCGUCCGGACCCUCAGGCACGCACUCGGAAACGAUGCGUGACGUAGAUGAGAUGUCGCUCGCAGCAUCGGAGGGAGACUGGCAUCCAACUCUGGCGAAUCCGAGCUCCCCCCCGUGGGGUCGAGCUCAGGAUGAAGCAGAAGUGAUGUCAACCAUGCUAACCCGGGAAAGCGUGGUUCCUGGGGUCGGAGCGCGGUGAAGACCGCGCCAACCCCAGGUGCCAUGUUUUUCCCCGGAGGUGCAUGAGGAGCUGUGUAAAACUUGGAAUGCUCCACUCACGGACCGUUCCAGUGAAACCAGCUCCGGCUCCCUUACUUCCCUCGUUGGUGGGGGCAGCCGGAGGCUACGUCGAGAUUACCCGGGGGGAACGGCGCCUGCGCUGCACCUGUGCCGCGGGCGGCUACCUCCUGUGGGGAAUUGGCCACGCCUACCAUCCAAGGCAUGUAGGACUUCGGCAUCACUGGUGCCGAGGCCUUGCGCUGCCGCGGGCCAGGCUGCCUCCUCUCUCUAUGCCAUGGCCAUCCUGCAGGCCAGGGCGUUAGGAGAGCUCCACGGGGGUAAGGCCGACCUGGGUAUAAUGCAGGAUCUCCGUGCUACCACUGAUGGCGCUCUACGGGCGACCAAUGUGGCGGCACGGGCUCUGGGUCGGACGAUGUCCACGGUAGUGGUCCAGGAGAGACACCCCUGGCUGAACCUUGUGUAGACGUAUGACACCGAGAAAGUCAACUUUCUUGGUGCGUCUGUCUCGCAGUGGGGUUGUUGGUAACAUCGUCAUGGACUGUCUUUUUUGACGGUAAAGAAGCAGACAGUGGUGGAUAGCCACAUUUUACCACGCUGCGACUCAACCGCCCAGAGGCCUCAGAGAUCUUGCGUGAUGUAUGCUUCCCGGCAGCACAGGACCCCUUCGACAUCGGCUCCGGUUCCUUUGUCCCCACAGACAGCACCCCAGGCACGGAGGUCGAAGUGGAAACCUCCACCCCGUCAGCAAUCUUCUCGAGGGAGGUGACACUGAUGGGAAGACCCCAGGGAGAACGAUAUCGGGCCCGACCUUCACAGCCACGGCUCUGACCGGUCGGUACGGGACGAUUCCUGCCUCGUUACCUUUUCAUGGCCUGGCGCCCACUUACUCCCAGAGUUUUUCCGUUCUCCCCGGGUGUACUUGCAGCCGAUUGCACACUCCACUGGUCAGCGAAUGUAUAUAUACGACAGCUGUCACCACUCUCAACUGACAGUGUGUGCCAUUGUCCCGCCAGGCAGGUAUAAGGGAGGAACCAACCAUCCGGCCGGGGAUCCCGCGAUCCCCCUAACCCAUUCCCCUGACAGAAGACCUGUUCUCUCAGUGAAAGGACACGUUCUGGAACUCUGGAAUUCCCAUGUCUGGUCUCUGGACGGGACGAGAAGAUCCUGAGAUGGCUACUCCGCAUUUACGGAUGAGACCAUCACCCAGGCUAGGGCCCCGUCUACUAGGCGGUUACACGCCUCUAGAUGGCGCCUCUUCCCGUCCUGGUGUCUCUCUCUCAACGAGAAAGACCCACUGAGGUGCUCGAUCAGGAUUGUGUUGUCCUUAUGAGACUGGAGACUAGCAUCUCCCCUCCCCGCUGAAAGUGUAUGUAGUCGCUAUCGCCACUCAUCACGUCUCAGUUGAUGGGAAGUUUCUAGGGCAACAUGACCUUAUCAUCAGGUUCCUAAGGGGCGUGAGAGCGCUGAAUCCGCCUCAUCUCCGCCCAAUACUCUCUUGGGACCCUAAAGUGGUACUGGGGGGCUUCUGGGUCCCUCAUGAGCCCCUCGGAGGUUCCGAUCUUCCUCGCCUGAGUAGGACGGCGCUCCUGGGGAGGAAGACCCAAUCCGAUUUGUGUUGUGUCCAGCGCAUGUAUUGCACCUUUACCCGGACCGCACGCAGAGCUCUAAGCUCUGACCAGCUCCGUGUCUGUAUUGGAGGACAGCAGAAGGGGAAGGCUGUCUCCAAGCCGAGGCUGGCGCACUGGGUCGUGGAUGCCGUUACUACCAACCUCCCUUCUUACCCAGAUACUGGUUAGGAACAGGCAUUCCAUCCAUCACUAAGCAAGCACCCCCUGGGGGUUGGCUGGACAGAGCAGCCUUCCCCCUUAGGCCGGGAUACCAUAUGAACUAUCACAGAUAGCUCUAACCGGACCUAGUGCUACCGGACGUCUGUAACACCCCCUCCGUGGGUUGUUCCGUCUGAUGUAUCCUCAUGAGAAUGGUUCCCACUCCUGGUAACCCAUGAACUUCCCCAGGUGGACCUCCACCUCGCGGUUAACUACUCAGUCCGCACGUUCCAUGCGUUCUCCUCCAAGGUCGAGACCAUACCUAUAUCCACCAUUUUUCCUCCCCACGGGUAGGAGGUGGCCUCUGCAGCGCAUCCCUAAUUAAGGAAGUUGCGCUUACCCGGUGUAAACCCGAGCCGGACGGCCUCUCGCCAGUAGAGAGCUAAGGCCUCCGUCCGUGAAAGGUUACCGGUCAGGGCUGUUCCCAUCUUUCUCCAAGAAAGCUCUGGAACCCCUGACCACCACACUGGAAGGUUACAGUUUCGCGAAAGCUUCAAGCUGACACGCCCAGGCCUUUUACCGUUGCUUCGCUAGAGAUUGUGACGCGAUACAGCGUUGUGGCGUUUUCCAGGGGCAACCCCAUCUGUCGUUCUCGACACAACGUCUCGUUCCCUCCAUCAUGGAGCCGAGGUUACAUACGUAACAAAGACAUUUUUACUGUUUUGCGUUGCUGGUUUUUACUGUUUAGUGUAGCUGGUUUUUUGUGUUUAGCGUAGCUGGUUUUUAGUGUUAAGCGUUGCUGGUUUUUAGUGUUAAGCGUUGCUGGUUUUUAGUGUUAAGCGUUGCUGGUUUUUAGUGUUUAGCGUAGCUGGUUUAUAGUGUUAAGCGUUGCUGGUUUUUAGUGUUAAGCGUUGCUGGUUUUUAGUGUUA